GAAGCUCACACAGCCUUCAUCCCCUGAGCAGUCUGGGCUGGAGGAGGACACACAGGCAAGCUGUGAAAGCGAACAGAUGUGAACCGGACUACGGAAAGAGAACCAGCUGUUGUAAAGACGGAGAACCCCCGAUUCUGCUAAUAUGUGGCAACCUGCGUCCGAGCGACUGCAGCACUUUCAGACCAUGCUGAAGACCAAGCUAAAUGUGCUGACACUGAGGAAGGAGCCGUUGCCCACGGUGAUCUUUCACGAGCCCGAGGCCAUCGAGCUCUGCUCUACCACUCCGCUCGCAAAGAGCCGGACCCAUGCUGGAUACAAGGUGACCUACUUGGGCAAGGUGACAAUCUCUGGAACCCAGUUCCUGUCUGGCUGCACAGAGUCAGCAGUAGUGGGUCUGGUGGAGCGCCGUGCCCUGGGACAGCAGCAGGGCUCCUUCCCAGCUGGGAGUUCUCUGCUGGAGAUCCGGCCAUUCCAGGUGCGUCUUCACCAUCUGGAUGAGCACGGUGAGGCCUCAAUAACCAUGGACACCUACCAGGUGGCGCGCAUCGCCUACUGCACAGCCGACCACAGCGUCAGACCCAACGUAUUUGCCUGGAUCUACCGGGAAAUCAAUGACGACCUGUCCUUCCAGAUGGACUGCCACGCUGUGGAGUGCGAGAGCAAGUUGGAGGCCAAGAAGCUGGCACAUUCAAUGAUGGAGGCUUUCCGCAAGACUUUCCACAGCAUGCGUAGCGAUGGCCGCAUCCACAAGAGUGGAUCAACGGAUGAUUUUGCUGAGGACUCAUCCACCCCCGAAGACUUGACCCCAGAUGACGGUUGAACUGAAACUCACUUAAACUCCUGAUCCCCAUCCUAACAAAGUGAGGGGUGACUGGAAGGAUGGACAGAUUACCUGUUCUCUCUCAUUCUGACCCACUAUCGCUUUCUGUCAUCAAUUUGGAACAAAAUUAACUGACCCUGUGAUCCAACACACCCAGGAUAAUGAAGUAGCCUUUAAUUACUAUAAAGGGAAGGUAGAUGAAAUGGAGUUACACAAGACCGACCUUUACAUACAGGGAUAGCAAAGUGCUGCCACUUUGAGUAAAUGGCCCUCAAAGACUCAUUGGGGGGCUUUCAAGCAACUCUGUAAUUGCCCUCAUGAGAUCCACCAUUUCCAUUUUCAAACACUGUCACUCCUGCACCAGAGACACUUUUUGUGGUUCCAAAGCUUUUUCAUCAAGGAAACCAACAAAACACAAUCCACUCCCCAUUCUUUUAACCCCAGCUAUAAUAACCUAAUGCUAUUCUUGCCAUGUAGGUACCCAGCAGAAAUAUGCUUAGACCUGUUUCUGGUCUCAACUGGGUUUAUGAGACUGUUGGAGCACAUACAUUUUUUAAAUGUUUAAUUAUCUGGAUCUCUGUUAAAAUGCCUUUGCCCAUGGUAAUAGUAUUCAAGGGUGUGAACGUAAAGCCUUUAAGCACUACUCAUAUCUUCACUAUGAUACCUUAGUCCGGCCCCAAAACUUAUACACAGAGCACGGCUGUUACUCAUUUGGAUGUCAGGGCUACAACCUCUGUCUCUAUUUAAACUCACUACUCAGAGAUUCAAAAUAUGUGCAAGGCAUCUGUGAGAAUAUAGGUGCUAAAUACAUUUUAGUUCUCACUGGACUUAAAGCCUGGGCCUAUCUGAGACACCUUAAUCAUCCUCAUCUGACUUCUGUUUUGAAUAUACCAAAAUUCAGGCUGUCUUUUGCCUGUCAGAUUAUGUGCCUCACUUUCCUCUCACAGUUGUUUGGUCUCUUACCCAGGUCCAAGCGUGUAUGUGUAGCCAUGUGUAUUUGCUGACCUUUUACGUUUUUUCUGUGUGUUGGUGUGACUGCCACUUCUUUGUGUGUGUGGAUGCACAUGUGAGUGUUUGCAUCUGUGAGUGAAAGAGAAAAGAUAUGAGUGGAGGAAGGUUAGGGAUGAUAUUGUGACGUCUCAUUGCCCUGGAAGCAUCCAUUUUUGAUGCUUAUGGAGGUAUUUUAAAAGCAGACAUCGUACUGUGACCAUUUGCCACGUUUCCUUACUUUUAUCCUGGAUGAAAUCAAAACACGAGUAUGAGUGUGCAAGUCACUGACGUUGUAUAGGACCUUAAAUCACAGCCAUCCAAGAUAACAACUCAUGACUGCUGUCCUCUGCUGAAUGUAUGAGUCCGACGUACUGUGAGCCCCUUCACAGCAUUGCCCAUCGCCCAUUAUCUCAUCAUGCUAUCACAGACAGCUCUAAGGGAGGCAGUGAGCCAGUGAUCAGUUUGCUCUGCUGCCCUGUAUUGCACCCCUCUGAAGGACUGAGGCACCGUUAUGGGAACAAAACUCUUUCUUCUUUCUUUUCUAACUGGACUGUACUGAACAGACUGGAACCAUUGGCGGAAAUGGUCUUCAGUCAGUGACUCUAACAGAAUGAUCAUAAGGCUCUGAUCAGCACACACACACACACACCUGGUGUGUCAGAUACACGAACCUACAUACAUAUGUACACACAUUGUAUUUGAAACUCUCAAUAAGCUUAUGUAAAUACAAAUGUAUCACUUUCCAAAUAUUACAGCAUAAAUGUUGAUAGCUAUUUUAAAUAAUAAAAAAAAGAGUUGAGAACCAUCAUGAUACAGAAACAGUGUUAUAAAGCCUACUGUGAAUAAUAAGUGGAGAGCCUGAUAGCGGUGGCUGUAUAUGUAUGUGUGUGUGUGUUUGGACAAGAUUGUAUGUGGUGGGGAGUGGUGUGUAUGGAAAGGCUAGAGAGAGGAGAAUGUUUAUAAAGCUGUAGAUUACUGUGCCAUGUCUGUCUGAAAGCUCAGACGCGCUUUAAAUGUUCCGAAAAUGUUACCGUAAGUGUUUUCUAUACAGUGUUUGCAAAGAUCAAAAAAACAAUUGCAUAUAAAGUAUUUACCAAGACCAA